CAAACACCGGAACCCGGACGUUGUUCGUGUCACCACUUCCUGUUGUGUUGGUCCUCUUACAAACCAGGAAGAUGGAUUCACUUUCGAACAAAUGGAUUUUUAACGUUCUGCUUUGUUUGUGUUUUAUUGGUGCCGGUUGUACAUCGGUGGAGAAAAAAAUCUACGUACACCUCAACUACACUGUCCCGUGUGUGCGACUGCUUAACGCCACGCAUCAGAUCGGCUGCCAGUCCUCCUUGUCCGGAGAUGUGGGCGUGCUCCAUGUGCUGGAGUCCGAGGAAAACCUGGACUUUGUGCUGCAAACAGGUCUCCAUCCUCCUUAUAUGGUCAUCCUGGAACACCAGCUGUUCACCAGGUCCAUCAUGAUGAAGUUGAAAAACAACUCCAGCAGGGUGGCAGGCGUCGCUGUCGUGGCGCCAAAUGCCAACCCAACAGAGGGCGUCUCUCCGCACACAGCGUGUCCCAACGAGAACUCAGGAGUGUAUUCUGAGAGCUACGACCCGGCCCUGGCUCACUGCAACAGGACCUUGUGGAAUCCUCUGGGCAGUGGCCUGUCUUACGAGGAGUACGACUUCCCCAUCUUCUCUCUGAACGACGACAAUGACACCCGCGUCAUCCGGGAGUGCUACUUGGACCAUAACCGCGUGGUAAACGGCAGUAACCCCCAGUACCCGCUGUGCGCCAUGCAGCUCUACUCGCACAUGUCGGCCGUCACCAACACGGCCACCUGCAUGAGGAGGAAUGACAUCAACUUCAGCAUCACUCCGGAGUACGUGUGCGACCCGCUGGGAGACUUCAACGUUUGGGCCACCACCAGACCGCUCAACAACACAGCCAAAGGACACAAGAUGUGGGAAAGCGUUGUCAUCGCAGCUGCUCGGCUGGACAGCCGAUCGUUUUUCUUCAACAUCGCUCCCGGAGCGCAGAGCGCCGCCUCGGGCUUCCUCACCCUGCUGGCGGCCGCCCACGCCCUCCGUAAUGUCAUUCAAGAGGCCCCGCCCAACCGCACCAUCCUCUACGCCUUUUUCCAGGGGGAGACCUUUGACUAUAUCGGCAGUUCCAGGAUGGUGUAUGACAUGGAGAACGAGCAGUUUGUGGUGGACCUGGACAACGUUCACUCUGUGCUGGAGGUUGGACAGGUGGGCCUGCGUGCCGACUCCCAACUGUGGCUCCACUCUGAUCCCGUCUCAAGGCGCAACAGCAGCAUCGACGACGAGGUUAAGACGCUAGUGGAGAACGUACAGUCUGCCGUUGGGACUUUAAAUGUCUCGGCGAGUGAGCCUGCCUUCUCGCAGCCGCUGCCGCCCUCGUCCUUCCAGCGCUUCCUACGCUCACGGGCCGUCCCGGGCGUCGUCCUCGAAGACCACCAGUCGGAAUUUAGGAACAGGUUCUACGAGAGCAUGUACGAUAAUGCAGAAUACCUGAGCGUGUCGUAUCCGCAGAACAUGACCGAAGAGGAGCAGCUGCAGUUUGUCACCGACACGGCCAAGGCUGUGGCCGACGUGGCCACCAUGGUCGCCCGAGCUCUGUACAAGCAGGCGGGAGGGGACCAAUCUCAGCUGAGCGGCAUCAACGCCGACGCCCAAAUAGUGAGCCAGAUGCUUUACUCUUUCCUCAUUAAGUCAAACAACAGCUGGAUGCAGCAGAUAGUUCCCGCUGACCUCGCAGACCACCUGAAAGACAAAGCCACAAACUUUUACGUCGGCGUGACGCAGCAGCCGAGCGAGCCCACGCACCUGGUACAGCACCUGCUGGCCAACCUGACGGGCAGCGUGGUCAACGUCACGCAGCAGGACUGCCAGAGCCAGCGGACGGACGAGAGCGACACCGAAAGCAAACACAUGUACACGUACAUGUGGGUUCAAGGCGCGAUGCCGCCGAACGCAACCCAGAGGGAGGGCUACUGUGUGCGUUCCACGGUGCGCCUCUCCAAGGCGCUGUCGCCCGCCUUUGACCCGCUACGAGAGUUCACCUCCACCGACUACUCCACAUGGACCGAGUCUCGCUGGAAGACCAUCAAAGGCCGAAUCUUCCUGGUGGCCAGUCACGAGCUGGAGAUGGUGACUCUGGGAGUGGGCGUGGGCGUGCUCCUCACCUCCCUGCUGCUCAUCUACGUUCUCAGCUCCAAGGCCGACAUCCUGUUUAGUUCGCAGAGGGAACCCACCAACGCCACCUACUGAUCACAAGUAGCACAACUACUACGACUACUACCGCUACUCCAAUCUACCCGGCUACAGACUCGGACCAUGUGGCUUCAAUCCAAAACACAAGGAAGUACACGUGCUUCUCGGAGGUUGUUUUAGACCUCAAAAUGGUGGCACGUGAGGGUCCCAAAUGUGUCUGGUCAGGUACCAGCAGCAGGCCUUGGAAAUGAUGUGCAUAUUUCCUUUAAAUUAAUGUUCUCCCUUUUUAUUUUGGUCCGUACGAGCAAUGCAAGUACUGUAUGCGUUCGAGUGUGUUCUAUCUACAGUUUGGGUAUACACGAGCAAUGAUAACGUGUGUGUGUGUGUGUGUGUGUGACAGACGAAAGAUUGUCGUGUGCAAUAAUGUAAUCUUUGUUGUAAAUAACUGUAAUUAAUCUCCACUGUUAAGAAACCACUUUUCUUUUGAGUCACGUUGAACAAAAGACUGGCAUUGUAGAUUAAAAGUCAGCACGUCUUCUAGAACAA